CAUGUCCCACCUUGACAUGUUAUAUGUAUUGUUUUUUCUGCCUGUUUGAUGAUGCAAAUAAGUGAUGCAAAGAACCAAAAGGAGCAGGAGUGUUGACAGAGUGAAAAAAUUGACCUACAGUAGAGUGAAAUACUGGGACAAAUUUAAUAGAAUGGGCAUGGUGACACUUUUUGGUCUUGAUUCCAGCAUGGGACUCUGGACCAGAAUAUCUCCCACAUCUGCCAGCUCUGUCAUGAUAUUCUUUCUCGUGAAACAGUAUUUUCACUCCCAGGCCAAAGGAUCUCUGCUGGAAAAAACCACUACUGAAUGGAAUAAAUAUAAACAGGAAUGCUUGAAAAUGCUACAGGAAUCAACUAUAGAUACUGGAAUACAUUGCAAUGGGACAUUCGAUCAGUUUGUUUGCUGGCCUUACUCACCCCCAGGAAAUGUCUCUGUUCCUUGUCCUUCAUAUUUGCCAUGGUUGGAAAAUGGAAGCAUAGGACAUGUAUACAGAGUCUGCUUGGAUGAAGGGAUUUGGCAAACAAAGGAAAAUUCCACAGACAUUUGGCGAGAUAGUUCAGAAUGUUCUGAGCAAAAUCAUUUCAAAAAAAAAGAAGAAGAACAUAAACUACUUACCAUAUUACAGCUGUUAUACACUAUAGGAUAUUACUUUUCUCUGAUCUCACUUGUAUUAGCUCUGCUUAUACUUUCUUUACUCAGAAAACUUCACUGCACAAGAAACUACAUCCAUAUGAAUUUAUUUGCAUCUUUUAUCUUGCGUGCCACAGCAGUUCUUAUAAAAGACACUGUAUACUACAAUAUUUACUCAAAGAGACCAAAUGAUGAAACUGGAUGGAUACUAUACCUCAGUCCAGAGAUUGUAAUAAUUUGCAGGACUGCCCAGUUUUUCAUGCAUUACUUUGUUGGGGCAAAUUACUUUUGGCUAUUAGUAGAAGGAAUUUAUCUGCACACAUUAUUGAUAACUGUGGUACUCUCUGAAAGACGACUGCUGCAGACAUACAUUGUGAUAGGAUGGGUUGUCCCGAUCCUGUUUGUGGGUCCUUGGGGAAUAAGCAGAUCCAAACUGGAGAACACUGGGUGCUGGGGAACAAAUGAACACAUGGGAAUCUGGUGGAUCAUCCGAGGACCAAUGUUGUUUUCCAUUACAGUUAACUUUGGCAUCUUCUUAAAAAUUCUCAGGAUGCUGAUUUCCAAACUAAAAGCUCAGCAAAUGAGCUUUCAUGACUACAAAUACAGAUUGGCAAGAUCUACGCUUGUGUUGAUUCCAUUGUUGGGCAUCCAUGAGUUUGUAUUUACCUUCAUCACUGAUGAACAGGUGGAAGGACUUCCAAGACAUAUAAGACUUUUCAUUCAGCUGACAAUGAGCUCAUUUCAUGGUUUUUUGGUAGCAGUUCUGUAUUGCUUUGCUAAUGGAGAGGUGAAAGCAGAACUCCAGAAGCAGUGGUCCCGUUUCCUGCUGGCAGAUCCCUUUGGCUGCAAACUCUGCUUUCUUGGGGAAAACAUAAAAUACCUCAGAAAAUGUUCACAGAAGCGAAAAAACCAGCAUUUCAGCAGCAAACACCGCUUGUGCCUGGAGGUGAGCAAACCCUGGGGCAUGCAGCUGCAGCAGGUGCUGGUGAGGCAGAGGACAGACUUCAACCUGGAGCCCUGCUCCGCACUCCCAUCCCACCCACGGACAAGCAUGUCAGACAGCAGCGAGGGAGAGGUCACCACUGGAGAGACAACUGAGGAAGUCUUUGAGGAAAGUGAGAUUUAGAAAGCUGUCCACUGGGACAGCACCUGCCAACAGCCAGUGCUGUGAAAGAUCUUCUUUCACCUCCAGACUGUUCAGAGUUCUGGGAUGUGCAAUGCAAGGAGGAAGGAGUUAAUAUCCCAGAUGUUCCAGUUUUCUUAAUCUGAGAAAAAUCGUAUCUGCAUGUUGCUAACCUGUGUGGCUGGGUAGAAGAGGUCUGAAUCAAAAAAUGCUCUCAGCUGACCAGUCUGGAAGGUAGCUGAUGCUGAGAGUGAUGUGCACAGGAAAGCAGGAUGUACUCUGGAAACAAGUAGACUCUGAACGCGCAUUGUGUCCCAGCAGCUUCAUCCAUACAUGACUGCCCUUUGACUCACAUAAUAAAGAAGUUGUUAAUUUUUCUUUUUCA